GUCAAACUUUCGUCUCCUUUCUCUCUCGUUAAGCUCAAGCUUUACUCUGAUACUCAUUUUGAUUCCUUUUGGAACUUCCAUGAAAACCCUCUCGUUAAGCCCUAAUCGCUGCCGGAAACCGCUGUUCUGUCACCGUUGAUGAGCCACCGCUUGGGCGAGGGAGUGGUGAGUGGUUAUUUGUGAGGAAAAGUAGAAAGAAGGGGGGAGAGAAAGGGGGAAUGGAUUCCGUUGUUUCAUUUCAGGACCUUAAUCUGCAACUUGGAAGCUCCGGCGCCGGCUCCGCCGCCGCCGUCGCUACGAUUGUGCCGAAAAUCGAGCCAAAAUUGGAACCGUUCGACGAAUUUGCGCUUACCGGACUGAAGGCGAGUCCUUUGUUUUCAAACCCUAGCCCCACCAGAGAUUCCGAUUCGGGUUCGGGUUUGGGUCUCCCGGCCGUUACUGAGCCGGCCGGUGCUAAGAGGAGCUCGCAUUCCUCGGAGGAGGCCAAUGUGUAUUCGGAGUUCAACCGGAUAUCGGAGAUGUUUCGCGCCACGUUCGCGGAGAAAAUGCAGGGGUUUGGUGACGUGGACGUCGUGGAGGGCCCGGAUUCCCGAGCUAUUGUCCCGGUGAGCGACGAGGCUCAGGUUUCGAGCGCGGUUAUUUCCAAGAGCAUUCGGCAACGCUCGUCGGAGCUCGUGAGAGUCACGGAUCUUAAACUGGAGGACCAAAGGUACUUCCGGGAUAUCGUGAGGAAAGCCCGGAUGGUUUACGAUUCUAUCCGAGUUCUUUUGGUACUGGAGGACGAGAAAAACCAAGAAUUCGGCCAUUUUAGGAACAGAGCGGACUUAAAAGCCGCCCAGUUGAUGCGGAUGAGGGGGCUCUGGCUAAACCGUGAUAAGCGCAUUGUGGGGGCCAUCCCUGGGCUUUUUAUCGGAGACGUGUUCUUUUACCGGAUGGAAUUAUGUGUGGUUGGAUUGCACGGCCAAGCCCAAGCCGGAAUUGACUAUUUGCCGGCAAACCAUAGCUCAAAUGGGGAGCCAAUUGCAACAAGUGUGAUAGUUUCAGGCGGCUACGAGGACGACGAGGAUUCAGGGGAUGUGAUAAUCUAUACUGGACAUGGCGGGCAGAACAAAUUCUCCAAGCAAUGUGUGAGCCAGAAGCUUGAGAGUGGGAAUUUGGCCAUGGAAAGGAGCAUGACUUAUGGGAUAGAGGUGAGGGUGAUUCGUGGCUUUAAAUAUGAAGGUAGUGCUAGUGGGAAAGUGUAUGUUUAUGAUGGUCUGUAUAGAAUUGUUGAUUACUGGUGUGAUGUGGGGAAGUCCGGGUAUGGGGUGUUUAAGUAUAAGCUAGUUAGGAUUGAGAAUCAACCCGAAAUGGGGAGUUCUGUUCUGAGGUUGGCUCAGAAUCUCAGGACUCGACCACUAGUGGCGAGGCCAACGGGGUAUAUCAGCCUCGAUAUGUCAAGGAACAAGGAGAGUGUGCCGGUUUUUUUGUAUAAUGACAUAGAUACUGAUCAAGAGCCUGCUUAUUAUGAUUAUCUGGUGAAGACGAUCUUUCCAUCGCAUGUCCAGCAGCAUGCUGGAAAUGGCACUGGCUGUGAGUGUGUUGAUGGGUGUGGAGCCAAUUGCUUUUGUGCAAUGAGGAAUGGCGGUGAGUUUGCAUAUGAUCAUAAUGGGAUCUUGCUGAGGGGUAAGCCGUUGGUUUUUGAAUGUGGCCCGCACUGUCGUUGCCCUCCAAAGUGUCGAAAUCGAGUUACUCAGAGAGGCGUGAGGUACAAAUUCGAAGUGUUCCGGUCUAGAGAGACUGGUUGGGGAGUUAGGUCAGUGGACCUGAUCCAAGCUGGCUCCUUUAUUUGUGAGUAUUCAGGGGUUGUCCUCACAAUGGAGCAAGCCCAGAUUUUCAAGAUGAAUGGCGAUAGUUUAGUCUAUCCGAGUCGUUUUGCCCAGAGAUGGGCAGAGUGGGGAGAUGUAUCACAAAUAUAUCCCAACUAUGUAUGCCCAACUUAUCCUUCUGUUCCUCCUUUGGGUUUUGCAAUGGAUGUGUCUAAAAUGAGGAAUGUCGCCUGUUACAUGAGCCAUAGUUCCAGUCCAAACGUUUUUGUGCAGCUUGUGCUCUAUGAUCAUAACAAUGUCUGCUUCCCCCGACUUAUGCUUUUUGCGAUGGAGAAUAUCCCUCCAUUAAGGGAGCUUAGUAUUGACUAUGGGGUUGCUGAUGAGUGGACGGGGAAGCUCGCUAUCUGUAACUGAACAGUUCUUGUGAAUUAUUCAAUGAUGCUUAUCAGCUUUGUCAGUCGAUAUCCUGAGGAGCACAGUUUAUGGUAUGCGGUUGCUGUUCGAAGAUGUCUGGCGAAAAGCCUGUUUUCUUGAAUUUUGAUUUUGGUUAGUUUUACUCAUACACCUCGAUCAGUUUGUAGGGAAAGAACUUAUUAUAAUGAAGAUGUAUUAGUUCUGUAGUGAAUGUAUUUUCUAAGACGUGCAAGUUAAAGUAGGCUUGUUGACAGAAAAGUUUUGUGGUGUACUACUGUAGGGUGUAGCAGAGUCACCUUCUAAAGAAAUUUUACUUUCAUAUAAAUGAAUGGGGCUAUUGACUUUUCUCUUC